AUGCUGAACUGUUCUGUUGUUCUAUUGACCGAGUCUAUCGCUCUACUGCUUAGAAACAGCUACGAACAAACACCAAAAAGCUUUGGUGUCAAGCUGGGUACCUACGACUACAGAGACGAUGACGAAGACGGUGAACAGUUGAGAGAUGUGGUUGAAAUCCAUGUGCACCCUCAGUUCGGAAAACCUCAUCCAUUCUCUUACGAUAUCAGCCUCUUGAGGCUAUCAUCACCUGUCAACUUCACCGAUCAUAUCCAACCAGUCUGUGUAUCAAAGGCGAUGAUGACUAUGAACGAUAAUCAGACUGGUUAUGUCACUGGCUGGGGAGUAACCAGUGAAGGUGGUACGGCAUCAACUAAGCUUCGACAAGUCAUUGUACCGUUUCUGAGCCCGAAAGAAUGUGAAGCAGAAUACAAAGGUGAAAUCGAUGAGACCAUGACUUGUGCUGGUCGGAAAGGGAUCGAUAGCUGUCAGGGUGAUUCCGGUGGUCCUCUCGUGGUAAAGCACAAAGACUCAAAGCGGUGGUACCAAGCAGGAAUCGUCAGUUGGGGACAUGGAUGCGGUGAAGCCAAGCACGCUGGUACUGAAAAUUACGGCUCCCCUUUAAAAAUUCCGGCGUCACGUUUCAAUGUUUACACUUCUGACCUCGAAAGAGAGGAAAGAAAGAGCGAUCUCAGAGCUCCAGAGUUAGGAGAAGUUCAAGAUUCGUAUGCUCAGCUGGAAUACGCAGUGCUUAUAAGUUGA